AUGCAGGCUCUACUGGCUGAGCUGGUUCCACGCCUUGUCACUGACGACCCGCUGCAGCUGCUGGUCCUGUUCGCCUGGUUGAUCGCUUACUGGGACCACAUCCUUGCCACGGGCCAAAGGCGUGUCUGGCUUUACUCGUUAACGGUCGCCGUCACGAGCAGCUUCGGAGCUGUCUGGUCCUGGGUCGAUCCCGUCCACUCGAACGUGCAGUGGUUGCCAUCGUGGACGGCUCGCAAGGAGAUGAAGUUGAGGAUCGCUCUCAAAGACCGCCUGAACUACCUGCGCGCUCUCCAGAUCCGGAGCACAUCCAAGUUGCGCCGUCUUCAGUUCGUCUGGAGGAGAAAGCGUUUUGCGUUCCUUCUGACGAGCCCGAAGCUUGAGCACGUACUUGCUAAACUCGACUCGGAACUCGACUUUCACAUUUUCCGCCUCUUCCAGUGCUCGCUCUCGUCCGAAACUGCCGAAGAGCUCUUUUUGGAGCGACUUGGAGAUUUCGCCGAUGUCAUGAAGGCUGGAGGCGCCGGCAUCAACUUCGACCAUCCUGCGGAGCUCUCGAACGCCUUCGAGACGCUCGACCUCGUGGCGUCUGCAUGGAGGGACUUUCUUCAUUCGUCGCAAAACGAUCUCGCGCAAGCAUACUCGCUCUUGCGGUAUCGCAUACAACGCGGACCCUUGUCCGGCAGCCCUCCGCCGGGCUUAGGUCUGCGAGACGGGUGGGGACUGAUGCUGCACAGCCUGGUCCUCGAAGCGCAGAAUCUGCUUGAGGAGCGCUGGCGGAUCGUCGCAUUGCCGAAGCGGCUCUGCGGCUACCCAAUCAGUCGCGCGAAAGCCACGGCGGCGCUCAUCCUGCUGUCGCUCGUCGUUUGCCUCGCCCGCAGGAUCUUCAUCGGCAGCACCUUCAGCUGGCCAAUCUGGGAAGUUGUUGUGUUCGCGCUUUUCAAGCACACACAGCCGGCCUCGUACUUCGCCCUGGACCCAACGGUCGAACCGCACGGCAUCUGCUUCCUCGCAGCGUCAUUGGCCGCCAUCCUCGACCCUCACCUUGCGGCGGUAGACGUUAGCGCCGCAAUCAUCGGGCUCAUCCGAUGUCGCGCUGUCGUCCUUGCGGCCGACUUGGCAGCGGCGGACCUUCACGACGCGAUCCUAUACGCCGUCGUCGCCCGCAACGAGUUGAAGCAGCGGCUACGCGAGCUGCGCAACUACAAGCGCGAGGCAGGCUUAUUGCGCCGCUCUGACUGA